AUUUCAUGCAGGGAAAGGCUUUCCUUCGAUCAUCAGUAUCAGAUUGUCUGCCGUUGAGUAAAGUACCAAUCGUUUUCCUCCGACUGUUAAAGUGAAUUAAAACAAGACUACACAAAAUGAAUGCUGUAAUGAUUAUUCUACUUUGCAUUACUUCGGUAUGUGCGUACCGCACAGGCCACGUAAAAGGAACAGGGCACGUGGAAAACGUUCCGCAUGGAGUACCAUCGCAUGGCGCGGCACCAAAGCACGAAACACCGAAAUAUAAUCCAACGCACCAUGGAGGCUACGAAAAGCUCCCUGUUUCCCACCUUGGCAAGGACUCCAAGCAUCGCCGCGAUACUCAUCACGAUCACGAUCUUCACUCCAGCAAAAACCAGCAUCAACAGCAUCACAAGGAGACUCCCCAUGCGACGACGCAUCAUGUACCAGCCAAAGAGACGCAUUCAUCGCACCAGAAGACGACUGGAUACGGUGGUUAUGGUAAAACCCAUUACUAGCUAUCAACCAAUUGACCUGUUCAACACUAAGAGACAACGGUUGUGCUCAUAGCUAAACGGCUGUACGAUUGCUAGUUUAAAUCUGACUCGUUAAUGUAUGUAAUUUGUGUUUUUUUGUAUGUGACUUGUGUGAAAAUAAAAAUGAUUCCAACGUA